UCGGCGGUGGGGGUGUCUGUAUUAAACGUACGCGGAAAGCUGGGUAGCCUCGAAGAGGAGGAAAUCAACUUACGGUUCGACUCGGGAGCGGAUAUCUCGCUCAUAUCGGAGGAAUACCUGGAAUCAAUGAAGAACCCCCCGAAGAUAAAACAAGGGAUGAGGAUGCAGUUGUGGCAGCUCACGAGCGGGGACACCAAGAUGAAAGGUUAUGUUACCAUACCGGUCUUCGUCCGAGCGACCGACGGAUGCACCCUGGAACUCGAAGUCGAAGCAUACGUGGUCCCAGGGAUGUCAGUACCGAUCCUAUUAGGCGAGGAUUUCGCCUACGACCACGAGCUAGGGGCCACCCGGGACGCCCUCUGUCGGGCGCAUAUCUUCUUUCGACGAUCAACCGCGCGAGUGAGAGCCGAACCAGCGCGGCGCUCGGACGACCUUAAGCAUGUCCGGCGCAGCGUAGCGAAGAACCGAGAGGGCAGAGCCAGACGGGUCGUUCGAGCGAAGGAGGACACUCUAAUAGCGCCGGGUACCGUCAGGAACGUCGAGGUGGAGGCGGAUUUGGGAGAGGACCCGGAUAAGGAAUGGUUGGUUAGCAAGGGUUUCCUCGUCGAUUCGGCCAGCGAGAAAUGGCCGCUGCCGAAUACCCUAAUCAGGACGUCGGAUCCACGGGUCCCGAUGGCGAAUACGUCAACUCGGCCUAGGUACAUACGCAAAGGAGACGUCUUAGGAGAACUCCAGGACCCAGAAAGCUACUUCGACAGAUCAGCGAACUUCGGGGAAGCCGAGAGGAUGACGGAACGAGCUUCU